AUGUCACUAUCAUGGCCGCCCCCAAACAGUCAGAAACCACCAGACGAUGAACCUCUUCUACACUCUCUACACAGAGAUACUCUCAAUGGUCUGCUCCGCGCGCCAUCCAGACCACACACGCCGAGUUCGUUCAAAUUGCGCAGUCUGGGGAGCGGUUCCCAGUCCGGCCAAGCUGCGGAGCCAGAGCCCAGCAUCGACGAAGAUCCCCAGAUUGUCCGGUUUCGCGCACUCUUCCAAGAUGCCGAGAGCAAACUUGCGACACUGUUCAAUGAUGUCGGACAAGUUGUAGUUCCUCAAAGGCGCACUCUUGCUGCCGCUUCUCUCCUACAAUCUGCGCCCGAUGCUGCUGCAUCGUCCGCUCCGCCCCCUGCUCCUAUAUCAAAAAAGCGCAAAUUGGAUGACGACGACUACGAUGAUUAUGACGAUGACGACGACGACGAGCAAUUGGACGCCGAUGCGGCCAACGCGUCCUCGGUCAAAAACAACCCGAAUAAGAUGCAUAUCAUCGCCGACGCCACCUCGUCGCCGACCCCAAGGCCCGCUCCGCCCCCAAGCAUUCCCUCCGACUCGGCAAAGACCGCUCUCAAAACGGGACAGAACAAACAGAAGGAAGAUGCCGAGGAUGCUCGCAAGAAGCUGGAAGAGGCGAAGCGCAAGGAAAUCGAGACUGUCAAAACCCUGUCGCGCACAAUGUUCUUCACGCUUGAAAAUGACAGAGAUGCGAUGUUGGAUCAGCAACGCCUGGACGAGGCAGAGCGCCGAGCCGAAGCAGAAGCAGAAGGUCAUGCUAACCGACAGAAUGCUGCUAUGCAGCAAGGUAGUCUGAGCAAGGCCAAUCUCGGCGCAUCAAGCCUGACGCUUAAGAAUCUCAUUGCGCGUCUAGAUGAACAUCGCAACUUAGUCCAUGCCACUGAGUCGGAGCUGCGCGCUCUGAUGAGCGAGGUGCGCAAGAACCGGAGCAAAUGGGCAAGUGAAGACAAAAUCGGGCAGGAAGAACUCUACGAGGCUGCGGAGAAAGUCUUGACCGAGUUGAAGGCUCAUACAGAGCACUCGACGCCAUUCCUUAACCCCGUCAAAAAGAAGGAUGCCCCUGACUAUUACCUCGUCAUCAAGCAUCCUAUGGAUCUUGGUACCAUGACCAAGAAACUCAAGCAAUUUGCUUACAAGUCCAAGAAGGAAUUCGUGGAUGACCUCAAUCAGAUUUGGAAGAACUGCCUCAAGUUCAAUAGCAAUCCUGACCAUCUAUUCCGAAAGCACGCUCUCUUCAUGCAAAAAGAGACUGACAAGCUUGUACCUCUGAUUCCGGAUAUCGUCAUCAGAGACCGAGCAGAAGUCGAGGCUGAAGAAAGGCGGCAACAAGGUGAUCUCGACGAUGGCGCUGAGGAAAGUGACGAUGAACCCAUCAUGUCAUCGCGAGGACGUAAAGCACCGAAGAAAAGUGCAAAGAAAGGGGGUGCAGCCGCGCGAAAAGCUCCGCCUGAAACGACACCCAUCCCAGAGACGAAGCCUGUGUUACAGUCACUGAGCUCCGUUCAAAAUGGCAUCCGAGCGGAAUCUGAGGUCGACGGGAGUCAAGGCCAGUCGACGCCUCCACCGGGACUUUUGACCCCUAUCGGCGCGCCCGGGCCUGGUAGUGUUGCAGGAGGCGGCAGCGAAGCAAUGGAUUUGGAUUUACCCGCACUGCCUUCAUCAGCACUGAUACCUGAAUAUGAAGACGAAGAAUACAAGCUCUGGAAACAGAAGACGAAGAAGGAUCGCGCGAUGCUCGCGGCCGCGCGACACAAGCUUUUCCGUGGAGACAAGUUGAAUGCUGAGGAGACAGCAUUACUGCGAAGUAAGGCUGGGAUGCGCAGGUGGCAGCGUAUGCAACGAGAAGCUGCGGGCCAAGAUGCUGCCGAUCUUGGGGCUGAGGCAUCUGAACGGGACAACAGGGUUGAAAUUCAUGGUCAAACCCUCGCCGAGGGAAUGGAGGUCGAGGAGGAGAAUAUGCUCCCUGACUAUUACGAUUCGCUCUCGGCCAUACCUGACAUCAACCCCCGACUGAGAUGGGACCAAGACUCUGAAGGAUAUGUCAUCGAACACGCCGAGGAGUUUCUCCGACUGUAUCCUCCCGGGCAAUUUGUGGCUCCGCGCGGCAAGCUAGCUAAAACGAUCGAGAACAACAUGCGACAAAUGCAAGACACUCGGAAGGUGGUUUCGAAGAUCAGCGUUGUCAAGCAAAUGCAACUCCAGUCGCAGACUUAUCAAAACCAGUUCCAGAAGUACCAACCAGAACCAUUCCUCGAGGCAGAUAUUCCAAACCAUGUCAUGUCCGAUGAUGGGCCUGUCAUGGCUCCGUGGGUCUGCAAGGCGGCCUUCCAACGGUCAAUAGGGGAAAUUUUCUUUCACGCAGGGUUCGAAGAGUUUCAGCCGUCAGCGAUCGAUGCGAUGACGGAUCUGGCAGCAGACUUUUUCCAACGACUGUGCUCCACCCUGGUGAACUACAGAGAAGACUAUAAGAUUCCCGUGCCGACUACCGUUCCCGCGGCCCAGGGUGAGGAUAGCAAGGUGGUGUACAAGCCUCCAUAUACAACGGAGGAGGCAAUCCUCCACUCUCUGCACACAGGUGGUAUAUCUCUUAAUGACCUGGAUGUGUAUGCACGAGAAGAUAUCGAUAGGGCGGCCAGUAAACUCACCAUGAUGCAUGAGCGAAUGAAAGGACAUCUCGCCGACCUCCUUCGACCAGCAUUGACCGACGAAACCGCCCAUGGACAAGGAUCAUUUGCAGAUGGUGGAGAGCAGUACGUCGGCGGAGACUUUGCAGGUGAUCUCGAUGAAGACUUCUUCGGCUUCCGCGAACUGGGACUCGACAAGGAGUUCGGAAUGGCCAGUCUUACAGUACCAUUCCACAUUCUUCAGAACCGUCUCGGGCUCAGCAAUCAACAAGAUAACUCGGCAGAGUCGGCGGAGAAGAUGUUCGUGGAACCGCCCCGUUGGCCCAAGAUCACCAUUGAGAAUGUGGAAGAACAGAUUGGUAUCAUUAGGGAGUGGUUCAAGAAACGCCUGCACGAUAACGGCGAGCGUCCCCUGGUGGAGGAUCUGGAACUGCCACCAAAGCAAAGGCCCGGCCAUGGAAGGGCGCGAAUUCCAGCGUCCGGGAAGAUUGGAGAGGGCACGCUCAAGAACAACAACAGUCCCCAGAAAAAGGCGGCAGCUAACAAGAAUGCCGCGAAUGCUGCAAAGGCUGCUACAGGUGCGGCGGGGAGCGCCACACCGGGUGACAAAGGCAAGAGAAAGUCGGUCGUCGCCAACGGGGUGGUUGACGAUAGUCCAAUGGUCAAUGGCAUUGGAAACGCCACUCCGUCAUCACCAGGUCCCGGCGGGGAUGGGAGCCCUGAGAAGAAACAGAAGCCUGUGCUGAAAGCGAAAACUUCGACGACUGAGGCCCCCAAAGGUCCGGAUAAUGACAAGAAUCAAGAAGGAAACACACUACCUCCGGCUGUGGAUGCUUUGGAUAUGAUGGAUGGUGUCAACGGCGAGAUGCCCCAGGUUAAUGGUGUCGACAAAGUGCAUGGUGUGAAUGGAGAUGGCGAUGCAAGCAUGAUGAGCCCUGAAAGCUUAUGA